AUGCGUGCCUCGUCCUUGCUUGCGGCCCUCGCCACCGGGGGCCUUGUCUCGGCCGCUCCCAGCAUCAAGGAGCCGCGGGCCACCAGUGCCGGCGGUGACGUGAACCCCUUCCAGGGCAAGGCACAGUUUGUCAACCCCAAGUGGGCAGCCAAGCUGGAUCAGACCUUUAAGUCGUUCCUGUGGAAGGGCGACAUCGCCAACUCGCUCAAGGUGCGCAAGAUCCAGCAGACCAUGGGCUCGUUCGUGUGGGUGUCCCGCAUCGCCGAUCUCUCCAACAUCGACGACGCCAUCGUGGCCGCCCGCAAGGCCCAGAAGAAGACCGGCAAGAAGCAGAUCGUCGGCCUGGUGCUCUACAACCUCCCGGACCGCGACUGCAGCGCGGGCGAGAGCGCGGGCGAGCUGCACAGCGAUGAGAACGGCCUGGAGCGCUACAAGAACGAAUUCAUCAAGCCGCACGCCGAGAAGGUCGCCGCCGCCAAGGACCUCAGCUUCGCGAUCGUGCUGGAGCCGGAUUCGCUGGCCAACCUGGUCACCAACAUGGGCGUCGAGCUGUGCGCCAAGGCGGCGCCAACGUACCGCGAGGGCAUUGCGCACGCCAUCGCCAGCCUGCAGUACGACCACGUCCAUCUGUACAUGGAUGCGGCGCACGGUGGGUGGCUGGGGUGGGACGACAACCUGCCGCUGGCCGCGAAGGAGUUCGCCGAGGUGGUGAAGCUGGCCGGCGAGGGCAAGAAGGUCCGCGGCUUCGUCACCAACGUGUCCAACUACAACCCCUUCAACGCCGUCGUGCGCGAGAACUACACCGAGUGGAGCAACUCGUGGGACGAGUCGCACUACGCCACGUCCCUGGCGCCGCAUCUGCAGGAGAACGGCCUCCCAGCGCACUUCAUCGUCGACCAGGGCCGUGUGGCGCUUCCCGGGGCCCGGAAGGAGUGGGGCGAAUGGUGCAACGUCUUCCCCGCUGGAUUCGGCCCCGCGCCCACCACCAGCACCAACAACACCGUCGUGGACGCACUGGUUUGGGUCAAGCCCGGCGGAGAAAGCGACGGGCAGUGUGGCCUGACGGGAGCUCCAAGGGCGGGCGAGUGGUUUGACGAGUACGCGCAAAUGCUGGUGAAGAACGCGGAUCCGUCGGUGUAUAAAUGGUUCUAG